AUGGUCCCGGCGGAAGUAUCGAGCAGCGUCCUGUCCAUCGUGGCCUCCUUCACGGGCGGCUUGGAUGUCUUCAAGAAGUUUCGCGCGACGUGAAGUAGGAAGAAACGGACGCGCACCAAGAAGAACGCGUCGGCAGAUGACGAAGAGACGAGGCUAGCGAGGAGCUUGAGACAAGGGCCAGAAGACAUCGGCCGAGAAUACCAGCGCAGCGUCCAAGCUGCUGGACAAGACUUUGCAUAUGGAGAUGGUAGGACAAUGACCUGUAAAGGCGUUGUUCUCACUGGCUGAUGUACGAUUAGCCAUAGCACAGACUUCACUGGCGGAGAUACUCCUCAAGCUCAAUACUGGCCUUGUAUCGAUCAUCAACUCGUUCUUGGCCAAGGACGAAAAGGAUGCAUCAUUGCACUACCAAUCGCUUGUAAGCCUAUCCGAGAGAUCGCGGAUCGACACUUGCCGGACUUUACGCGAGCUACUCAGGCGAAUGUUGCAGCUCCGUUUGCCAAAGCACAUUGGCGAACGACAACAAGCACUCAGCCAUCGACCUAGCAAUGACGCUUCUCAGCUAGGCAAGAAACUCAGGACGCCUGUGGCCAGCCCAAGACGCUCGCCAAAGGUUCGAGGCCCAACACUGGCACGAGUAGUGAUCGCCGAUUCCUCAAGACCGUCCCAAGUGGCCAUGGUCAGGCCUGGCCAGCGAAAGAAGAAAUCUCAAUCAUCCUUCGUUGGGUCUUCAAACGCGGACUCAAAUGUUUCGCUUGCAUUGCCAAAGUCUUUAAUAUCACAGAGUGUUGACAGGCUUCCCCAACUGCGCGCGCGACCCAGCAGACCGGAUUGUCACCGCGCGCAGACUCUGCCAGCGCAAGAACAUAAGCCGCGCCGCAAGCAAUCAGCCAUGGAUUUCCGCGCAUCCCAACAUCCGUCGCAGAGACAGGAUGCCCUGCGCACAAACCAAUCCGCCUCUGGCCUGAACAAGCGUCCCAAUGUCGACCACGGAUCGCUUCCGCCGAUGCCAAACACAGCUCCUUUGCCCACCAUGGAGCCACACAGACGGAAGCCCACCCCAACGUACUACUCCAUCGAAUCAAAUAGUACCAAGCUUGGUGAGAUUCCUCUGCACAAAUGGGCAGAGCCGUACGAUUUCGAUGCAAUGUCGAGAAUGAACCUUGAAGCGGAACAGAAUGGAUGGCCGUUAAAUGACCUCGAUAAGCCCCGAGGAAGGAGGAAGCGAGGGCUAGGAAUCUUUCGGUUAUUCCGGAGAAACAGAGAUGAAUAA